UGCCGUAGUUGCCGAAAACAAAAUGGCGUCCUCCACGAGCCAAGUUUCCUCAAUUGAAAACUGGCUGCAAGAGUUACAAUCAGCCAAGAAGACAGCCUUGGUACAAGAUGAUCGUAAGAAGAUCCACUUCAUAUUUAAGACAGGCACUGAAAUGGUAGAGGAGUACGACAUCAAAACAAAUGAAUUACUCGUCAGAAAAUGGAAAACGAAGACAACAUUAGGCAGAGAGGGAAAGUGGGAUUAUGAGAUCGGUGAACAAUUCAGCCCAGCUGGUAAUCUGGAAGCUGAACUUUUCCGGGAAAGCAACUUAAAUCCUAUCUUCACAAGGAAAGACACUAAACAGAAUUUCCAAUGGAGGAUUCGUAACCUGCCUUACCCAGUCAGUGUGUAUGAUGUUACCAUAGACAAAGACAACAGAUGUUGCAUUAUCAGAACUUCAAAUAAAAAGUAUUACAAGAAAUUCCCAUUGACUGAUAUGGAUAGAGCUGGUCUUCCACUGGACCCUCAAGCACUGACAGUAGCACACGCAAACAAUACAUUAAUCGUGACGUACAAGAAGCCGGCAGAGAUCUUAAGUAUGGAGAGACAAGUCCAGCAGGAAUUGUUGAAGAUAAAAGCUACAAGAGAUGGUGAUAUGGAAUGUGCUCCAAGCUAAGUUCCAGUCGACAUCGGUCGCCCAUCCCUUAACACCCUGAGGACCAGCUGGAAUUCUCUUCAAGUGGUCCGGCAGUGUUACACCCAUUUCAGACAGGCGCCAG